UAUAAAGUAAGGUUUCAAAUGACAGGCUAGCUGUCAGAGAAAAUGAAUUUGUCAUCACCAUUACAAGGUUGUAUAUCAGCAGGCUGACAGUGACUUGUGGUGUUGGAGACACAUUCUGCAAUUUGUGUUUACAUCAAGACAGUUUAUACUGUUGUUUUUCUGUACAUGUGUUCAGAUCAUUUAAUAACAAGGAACUAUGUUCAAACAUUGCACGAUGGCGAUAAACUACAGCUGUAUUGCACGGGGGACAGUUAUCCUGUGUAGCCAUGGCAACCAGGCGGGCUCAACAAACUAUGAGCAGUUUGCUGAUUCUGUCCUCAAACAGAUUCCGACCAGGAACAAUGGGAAAACCACAGUCAACAUGAAUGGUUGCAAGUUUCAUUGUAUAGUAGAAAAUGGCAUUAUUUUCAUGUGUGCAGCGAAGCCAGACUUUAAAACACAGCCUUGUUUCGCUUUUCUCACAGAGAUCAAGGACCAAUUCCACAACCAGAAUCUGUCAGACAGAGCUGGGGUGGCUGACAGCCAUACAUUUGACUCAGAGUUCAACAGUACCCUCGCCAAAAACAUGGAUAAGUUUUCCAAGCCUGGUGCAGGUGACAAGGUGGCAGUGCUACAGGGUCAAGUAAAGGAAGUACAGGGUGUCAUGAGACAGAACAUUGAGUCUGUUAUACAGCGUGGAGAACGGCUUGACGACCUCAUGGAUAAAACAGAUGAGCUUGAAGCUGGUGCAGCAACAUUUCAAAGAACAGCAUCCAAGAUACGGAAGAAGUACUGGUGGAAGAACACCAAGAUGAAGAUCAUCGUUGGUUGUGUGGUAUUUGUGAUCCUGGUUGGCAUCGUGCUAGCCAUUGUGUUUGGUGGACAUUUGGUGGGCGGAGGGGGCGAUGACGACAAUAAAUCCACCCCAGCACCCCCCAUCACUUCCACACAAACAAUGGGCAGAUAGGCAUGUCAUUCAUGUGAUGAAGAAUUUUGAUGACAUUCUUGUUUAUUUAAUGAAGUUUGUUUUUAUGAAGCAUAGCUUUACUAUUUAUAAAUGUCUGGUAAGGUCUCAUACUUCAUUGCUUUAAAGCUCAAUUUCAUAUCAUCUUAUAUCUGAAUUACCAUUUGUUCCUAUUUAUCAAACAGAUUAAGAGUCCUGAUGUUGAAUACAAAUUUGGUGGCCAUUUACAAUAGCUGUGUAUAGUAAUUGAUUUUAAAUGUUAUUUCAAGGUAUAAAGACCGCAAUACUAUAUAGCAGUAUAAACUAUUUGCAAAAUGUUUCAUUAAAGAUAAAUCAUUUUUAGUCAUUAACCACUUUAAUUUUAAUGCAGUAUUAAGUUAUUUUUGUUUUGUUUUUAAUGAUGUUUUAAUUAGUACAUAAUGUAAUAUAGAUGCAUACUACAUGUAAUACAUUACUAGUAAGUUAGGCCCAGGUGCGUUCUUGCUUUUUAAUUUAUAGAUUUUUUUCUUCAUGCAUUUUUACCAUUUUUACUGAUUGAACAUGGCAAUCACACAUUUUUCAUUAAUUGAUAAACUAUUAUUGAGAUUUUCCUAACCAGUGACCAUGGCCAGCUCUCCUGAGUGCAAUAAAUAAAACAUGAUGUCAACUUGCACCACUCAAUACAGCUUCUUUCAAUGUCCAUACUGUUGUGAUGUACCCAUCAUUGCCUUGAUGGUAGACUAUGAUAGUGGUGCUGAGUCAUCUGUUAGUGAAUAAAAUAUGUUAUGAA